CCGAGACGCUUGGCAAUUUCAACUUCCCAUCUGCUCUCACCGCCAGCGUUUAUCAGCGUCGUAUCGGAAACCAAACUCGUUCUUUCUCUAUCCCUGUUUCGCCGACAAGAAAUUGUGAAACGAGAACGCCACCGACCUGGAAACUGGGUUAAAGAGGGCUGCAGUUAAAUUUUUAUUGAAAACCGAAAGAAAAAGGCCCGCUCGCACGAUUUAGAAGCGGUUCGUUUUUAUCCAUCCAUAGCGAAUUCCGGCUUCGGAAAGCACGAAAAAACGGCCCGAGCGGAGUUAUAUGUGGUUGCAUAUUGAAACAGAUCCAUAAGGCAAAUUGCGCCAUUAAAGGAGCAUACCGGGGAACCAUUAUGAACGUCGCGGAGAAAAGGCGCCUUUCGAAAAGGGAACACUUUUAGGCAAUUAAUCUCCAUCUGUUCGCGAGCGGAAAAAGAGUUCGAAUCGAUCUCGAAGGAAAGUCGCUGGUGGAUGCUGGUUGAAGGAGAAAAGGAUAAUUGUUUCCUUCUUUACCAAUAGCCAGAAUAGAGAGGAUCGUCGUCGUUUUUGCAGUUCGAUUCAUUAAAAAGAGCACACAAAAUGGGAAACAAAACAUCCUGCUGCUCGUACUCCAGUCCACCGCCGGCGCGGAAAGCGAAGGAGGCCCCGGUGUUCGAGGAGCACCUGCCGGAGGGAGAGCUGUCCACAAAUAACCUGCAGCACAUUUCGGAGCGUGAGGGUGACGACGGGGAGCACGAUCCGUCCGUCGAUCCGUCCGCGGGCACCAUGUUCCUGGAGCGCUCGAAGCAGAGCCUGGAGAAUGGGAUGACGCGCAAAAAGUCCCAGCACCAGAUCGCCCCCCAAGGGCCCGGCGCGGGCGGUGGUGGAGGUGGUGGUGGUGGCGGAGGUGGCGGAGGUGGUGGUGGCGGUGGAAGUGGUGGUGUGCUGAAAAAGAGUAGCAGCUGCUCGACGAUCUACCUGGACGACAGUACCGUUUCGCAGCCGAACCUCAAGAACACGGUUAAGUGUGUAUCGCUAGCGAUCUACUAUCACAUCAAGAACCGUACCAGCGAGCGGCGGAUAGACAUCUUCGACGAGAAGCUGCACCCGUUGACGCGCGACCCCGUGCCGGAGGACUACGACCGGCACAAUCCGGAGCACCGGCAGAUCUACAAGUUCGUGCGGACGCUGUUCAAUGCGGCGCAGCUGACGGCCGAGUGCGCCAUCAUCACGCUCGUCUACCUCGAGCGGCUGCUGACGUACGCCGAGCUGGACAUUGCGUCGUGCAACUGGAAGCGGAUAGUGCUCGGUGCGAUCCUGCUCGCGAGCAAAGUGUGGGACGAUCAGGCAGUCUGGAACGUCGACUACUGCCAGAUCCUGAAGGACAUCACCGUCGAGGACAUGAACGAGCUCGAGCGGCAGUUCCUGGAGCUGCUGCAGUUCAACAUCAACGUGCCGUCGUCGGUGUACGCCAAGUACUACUUCGACCUGCGUACGCUUGCCGAAGCGAACGAGUUGUCCUUCCCGACCGAACCGCUCUCGAAGGAGCGCGCCCAGAAGCUGGAAGCGAUGUCGCGCGUCAUGCAAGACAAGGCGACGGCCGAGGCGCUCAAGAAUGGUAUGAAGAAGUGGUCCUCGAUCGACAACAUCCACCAGCAGGGUGGCGUACGGCGCAGUGUGGCCAUCCUGUCGUGAUUUUCUUCUCCUACUCCGUCAUGGUUUCGAAGU